AUGGCCGAAAUAGACUAUACCAGAAGAAACAAGUACGCGAGACCACUUUCCGAGGCCGAGAAGGAGCGUUUGGAUGAAUUUAUUGAUGCAAUUCAUUAUUCCGCAAGGUCAGUACAAGCUAUGGCGCAAACCUUGGGUCUAAUUCCUUCCGUCGCGCAAACACUUAUCCUUUCUGAUAGAUACUCCGACGACCAAUACGAGUACCGACAUGUUCAACUACCAAAAGCUAUGCUGAAAGUUAUCCCAAAGGAAUACCAUGACCCCCAAACUGGUACCUUGAAGCUGUUGUGGGAGGAAGAAUGGAGAGCAUUGGGAAUUACACAGAGUCUUGGUUGGGAACAUUAUGAGGUACAUGAACCAGAACCACAUAUUCUACUCUUCAAGAGAUCUAUUAAUUAUCAACCACCAACUCAACAACAGUAAAUAUGCUGCUUUGAAUCAAACUCGAUCUCAACGAGUCUUUUGAUUCAGCAUAACACCUUAUACAGGAGGACAUAUGCUUUGACGAUGUUACGUCUGAUGUCUCUCCUAACUUACACGACUUAUACUUUAUGGUUCUCAAUUAUUCGUUUGAUGUAUUAGAUCAGGAUUAAUUAACAUCAUCUCCACUGCUAUAUACUGGUCCUAGUUCAUCUUGGGAAGUUAAUGAUAGCAAGGCCUUUUAGGGCUGGUUGCAAUGGAUUUAGGGAGUGUAGAAAAGCAGAAAAGAAACCAACACUGAGGAUCGGAUGAUGUAUGGUGGCAGGUUCAGCAUAAGUACAUGCAAAACGGGAGGACGACGAAGGGGUUGCAAGGGGGGGCGACGGUUCUCAGGUUAUUGCACUCUCAUUCGAAGGCAAGAGUUUACCAAAAAAACAAUAAAUCAUAUCUACAUGUAUGUUUUUGAUAUAGUGUGAUUGUGUGACAGUUGUUCCGUGCUUGGUGAGAUGAUAUGAGGAAAUAGUCGUAUGAUGCGAAGGACUAUAAGUAGGUCAUCACG